UCCCAUUUUAGAAUGGGGUGCCUUGGGACUGUCCAUAAUUUUAAAGGGUGCCUCGGGACUGCCCACAAUUUUAAAGGGUGCCUCGGGACUGUCCAUAAUUUUAAAGGGUUCCUUAGGACUGUCCAUAAUUUUAAAGGGUGCCUCAGGAUUGUCCAUUAUUUUAAAGCGUACCUCGGGACUGUUCAUAAUUUUAAAGAGUGCCUCGGGACUGCCCACAAUUUUAAAGGAGUGCCUUGGGGCUGUUCAUAAUUUUAAAGAGUGCCUUGGGGCUGUUCAUAAUUUUAAAGAGUGCCUCGGGACUGUUCAUAAUUUUAAAGGGUGCCUUGGGACUGUCCAUAUUUUAAAGGGUGCCUCGGGACUGUCCAUAAUUUUAAAGGUUGCCUCCAAACUGUCCAUAAUUUUAAAGGGUGCUUUAGAACUGUCCAUAAUUUUAAAGGGUGCCUUGGAACUGUCCAUAAUUUUAAAGGGUGCCUCAGGAUUGUCCAUAAUUUUAAAGGGUGCCUUGGGACUGUCCAUAAUUUAAAGUGUGCUUUGAAACUGUCCAUAAU